CCGUUUUCGCUGCCAGCGACAGCUCGCCACCAUGCGCCUCUACGUCUGCGUGCUCGAGGCGCGCGGCCUCCCGAGCGGCGACGAGGGCGGCGGGGUCUACGCGAGGGUGAAGGUGGCGAACCAGAGGGCGCGGACGCGGGCGGUGGAGCCGGCGGAACCGGGCGGCGCGGCGGCGUGGAACGAGGAGUUCGCGUUCGAGGUGGGCGCGGAGGAGGGCGAGGCGGUGGAGGUCGGGGUGGCGCGGCGCCGGGAGGGCGGGGCCGGCCGGAGGGAGGUGCUGGGCAGGGUGAAGCUGCCCGUGCCGCCGCCCGCCGCGCAGGCCGCCUCCGGGCCCCGGCGCUCCGUCCCGCCGACGUGGUUCACGCUGCGGCCCAAGCACCGCCGGAAGGGCGACUGCGGAAAAAUUCUUCUCACGUUUUCACUCUAUGGAGAGAACAAUGACAAUACAGUCAUCCACUCGUCCACUUGUUCGAGCUCCAGGAGUGGCACUGACGUUGAAAUUGAGAGAUCAACUUAUAGUGAACAUUCAGGCACAAACAGUGUCAUGGUUGAUUCCCCUAGGAGCUCUGCAGUGGCACAAACCUAUCUAGAUGAUUCUGACCAUUCGACGCAAGCAAAUUCCAGUACAGUUUCUGAAGAUGAUAGUCUGAUAGAGCCUAGUACACCAACCGCAAAGAGUGCACAUGACCGUGACGCUGAACUGUCUGUUCCAGAUGCAAGCUUUGAAGAAGCAAUGGAAGCCAUGAAGUCAGGAAGUAGUACAGCGGACAUGCCUGACGAUCUCGGUGGUGGCACAAUAUUUGAGCACACUUACCUUGUGGAGUCGAAGGAUUUGAACUCCCUUCUCUUUGGGCCUGAUUCCCAGUUCUCCAAAGACCUCCGUGAGCUGCAAGGGACAAUGGACUACGACGAACAGCCGUGGACCUGGAAGAGCCAGGAUCGACCCAGCUUAACCAGGACAUGUCGGUACACCAAGGGCGGAACCAAGCUUAUGAAAGAUAUCAAAACCAUUGAGGAACAGACGUAUCUUAAAGCUGAUGGCAAGAGUUUUGCGAUCAUGACCCGCGUUCGUACUCCGGAAGUUCCAUUUGGGAACUGCUUUGAGGUUGUUUUACUCUACAAGAUGACUCAAUCCCCUGAGUUGUCGUCAGGUGAAGAGAGCACACAUCUGACUGUAUCAUACAAUCUGGAGUUUCUUCAGAGUACCAUGAUGAAAAGUAUGAUUGAGGGAAGUGUAAAGGAUGGACUCAAGGAGAAUUUUGAAAGUUUUGCAGAAAUCUUGUCUCGGCAUGUGAAAGUAGCUGAUUCUGCUGGGAUGGACAAAGAGCAGUUGUUGGCACCACUUCAGACAGAUCACCCGUCACAUAUCAGACUUGCUUGCAAGUAUUUUUGCAAUUUUACCGUGAUCUCAACAGUGAUAAUGGCAGUGUAUGUUCUUGUGCACAUCCUUCUGUCUAGGCCAGGCCCACUUAUGGGUCUUGAGUUCAGUGGUAUAGAUUUACCCGACACAUUUGGAGAGCUGAUCACAUCUGGCAUACUAGUUCUUCAGAUGGAGCGUUUACUGAAUAUGGUAGCUCAUUUUGUACAAGCAAGGAUAAAACGAGGAGGUGAUCACGGGGUUAAGGCUAAUGGUGACGGUUGGCUACUGACAGUAGCUCUAUUAGAGGCUACAAGCUUGCUGCCUGUUUCUUGUGGAUCUGUAGAUCCUUAUGUUGUGUUCAGUUGUAAUGGCAUAAUGAGAUCAAGCUCUGUUCAACUACAGACUCAAGAACCUCAAUGGAAUGAGAUAAUGGAGUUUGAUGCCAUGGAAGAGCCACCUGCUAUGUUGGAUGUUGAAGUUUUCAAUUUCGAUAGCCCGUUUGAUCUGGCAAUCUCACUGGGACAUGCAGAAAUUAACUUUCUUAAACGCACAUCAACAGAACUAGCAGAUAUAUGGGUACCACUGGAGGGAAAACUAGCCCAGACAUGCCAGAGUAAGCUGCAUUUGAGAAUAUUUCUUGAAAAUACUAAAGGACCUGAGACAUCAAUGAGAGAUUAUCUUAACAAGAUGGAGAAGGAAGUUGGUAAGAAGUUACAUGUUCGGUCACCGCACAGAAAUUCAACAUUCCAGAAGCUUUUCAGUUUGCCUCACGAAGAGUUCCUUAUAGCAGAUUAUGCAUGCUCUUUAAAGAGGAAAUUGCCAUUGCAGGGAAGGCUAUUUCUGUCAGCUAGAAUAGUUGGUUUCUAUGCCAAUUUGUUUGGGCACAAAACGAAAUUCUUCUUUCUGUGGGACGACAUCGAGGAGGUGGAAGUUUCACCUCCAUCUUUCACAACAGUAGGCACCCCAUCAUUGGUGUUCACGUUAAAGAGUGGGCGUGGGCUUGAAGCGAAGAAUGGUGCCAAAUCACAAGAUAAGGAGGGGAGGUUGAAAUUCCAGUUCCAUUCGUUUGGAUCAUUUAGCAAGGCUAGCAGGACAAUAAUUGGUCUGUGGAAAACAAAAUCGUCAGCUCUUGAACAGAGGGCCAAGCUUGAAGAAGAUCAAGAUGAUGAGAGCUACGACGAUCUUGAUGACGUCCAGUCUCUGUUGAGCAUUGGAGAUGUAAACCUCUCAAAGGAGUAUACAGUGGAACAUCCUAUUGAUGCAAAUCUGCUGAUGGGUGUGUUCGACGGCGGCCCCUUGGAGACGAGAACAAUGAGCAGGGUCGGGUGCCUCGACUACACCGCCACGCCGUGGGAGGAGACCAAGCCUGGCGUCCUGGAACGACACGCCAGCUACAAGUUCAACCGCUACAUGUCCAUCUUCGGCGGCGAGGUGGCCAGCACCCAGCUGAAGUCGACGUCAGAGGACGGCGACGGGUGGACAGUGUACGACGUCAUGACUCUGCACAACGUCCCCUUCGGCGACUACUUCCGGGUCCAUCUGAGGUACGACAUCCGGAGCGUGGCCGUGGCGGCGUCAGAGCCGGCGAGCUGCCGGUGCGAGGUGCUGGUGGGGAUCGAGUGGCUCAAGAGCAGCAAGUUUCAGAAGAGGAUCGCGAGGAACAUCUGCGACAAGCUGGCGCAUAGGGCGAAGGAGGUGCUCGAGGUGGCCGGCAAGGAGAUCACGUCGGCCAUGUCGGGCUAAAAGCUGAUCAAGCUGGACUAGUGGCGUUUUUUUUUUGUUCUCCAUCUUCCGGCAAGGCGUAAAGCCUAGCGCUAUAGUUACUAGUUCGUCGUUAGCCUCUUCGUUAAUUUGGUAGCUGACAGAGACAUAAGGUAACACGCGCUAAGAGCAAUGCGCUAACAAACAGUAGUAGUACCAAUCAAUUCCUUGUAUACAAACUUAUACAAGUAAAUAAAGAAAAGGAGCGGAGGAAAUAUUCCGUGGGAAAAAGUAUGUAUGUGGCGGA